AUGUCAGCCCCCGUCACCUCACUGUGGUGGCCCGAGGAUCGGGUGAAAGCGACCCUCUGCCCGGAAUAUGUCUUCGGCCAGCUCCCUUCAAACGUCCUGCACCGUCUAGUGGCCCCGCUGCCUUGGGGAGAGGGCCUGACGAGCGAAUCCUAUCUCGACUGGAUCAUCGCCAAGGCCGGCAGGCUCUUUCUCAUUCUUGUCGACAUCGGCAUCCCCGAUCGGAUCUUCGCGUUGAUAGACGAGUCUCUGGAUGACUCGGAUCUACCGUUCUCGGCUCCUAGUGUUAAGCAUCUGCCUCUCUUCGCGGACGGCUCAAAUCCCGACCUCGAACAUAGAUUCUUCCUGGCUCAAUGGCGGUUCAUUGUACGCGGAAUUGCUGCAGGCGACCAUGUGAAGUACACUCAAAACGAGGGCGUUCCGGUGGAACUCCUCCGUACGGGAACAUCGCUGGUAAGGGAGGGUGUCGAAAAGGUGGUUCUAGCCGGCGCGACGUGCCGUAUACUCCUGCGAACGCAAGUCACUGUCGGCGGAGCACCGCACUUCUUUGAAGAGGAUGAGGUUUUGGAGGAGAUCCGCUCUUUGAGGAGGUUGGCCCAUGACCACGUCUAUUCAAUCUAUGCGUCCUACUUUGUGGAUAACACGGUCUGCAUCCUCUUCUCUGGAGUAUACGAACGCACCUUGAUGUCCUUCCUCACCGACGUGCCUCAACCAUUUAAACGGCUCCCAAAAAACAAGCGGCGGGAGAUAUUGGUCAAUUGGCCGCAUUGCUUGGCCGAUGGCUUGUCUUGGCUGCAUGCGCAUAGCCAUGCACAUAGCGUCAUCCGUCCGUCGAACAUCCUGGUCGAUGCUGAAUUCCGAGUCUAUCUAGGUCAAUUCGAGGCGCUCGAUACCUUGCUAUCGCCGGCCAAGCUGGAUGAUGUCGAGUCGUAUCAGUAUGGCUCCCCAGAGCGCUGGGUGCGCUCGGUCAGUGUUCAGAACACUGACAUAACGAGACCGUUGGUUAGUCUUCCAUCUGGGAGCCGUUCGGCUCGGAAGCAGUCGGCCUCGUCAACCACACGCCCGUCUUUCCUGAGCUUGUCUCGACUCCGCAGCUCUCUGCCGUCUGAUCACGAGACGGAUAGUCCACGUGCAGAAUCGGUCACCUCGCAGGGUACUGCCAUACGCAUUGGCCUGCAAGGGUCCUCUUCCUCGCGAGUCUCCUUCACCCAGUCAUCCUCUUCCGGAUCCAGUACUGGAAGUGUCCGCAAACGCACCAUCGGAUCCAUCAAACGGCCCAUGUUCUAUACACCUUCCAUCACCUCUUCCAACUCCUCGGGCUCCUCUUCCGCCUCUUCCGCUAUAUAUCACCCAAUCGGCUAUCCAAUUAUAGGCACGAACGCUGCCAUAGUCCAGACCUGGCAGACGCGCCAGACGGACCCGGAAGCCUCCGAUAUCUUCUCCCUCGGUGCUGUGAUACUAGACAUCUUUACCGUUCUCUGCAAACGCAAGCUCUCCGCCUUUGCUCAUCACCGGGGAGCUAAGAAUCGGACUGCCGGCCGCGGGGGCGGCGUCGCCGAUUGCUCCUUUCACCUGGACCGGAACGCCGGCCAGGUAUGCUCGUGGAUCACGCUCCUGGACAACGACGCCAAAAAACACAAAGACCCCAUUUUCCAGGCCGUUCGACCAAUGCUCGAUGUCGUCCGAGUCAUGCUGAGCAGAGACCCAGCCGAGCGUCCCUCCGCGUUCCAGGUCGAACAGCUAUUCGCGCGCGCGAUCCAGAAGUUGGAUGCCGCCGCC